GCUUGGCCCUCUGGGUAACAUAUCUCUGGGAGUUGAAAUGGUUAAUGUGAUUGGGUCUGCACCAGUCACAACGCAGCACCGCACUACCUUAGCCAGUAAGGACGUUCCAACCCGACCACACUCACCCAGCUAGCGACUUCCACACCACCACCCCCAGCCCUCCGCAAAGACAAUCCAUUUUUUUCAACUGAACCAGACCUGGUCGUUACUUGCGGUCGUCUGAAUACUUGACACCAGAAAGACUUUCUUGUGGAUGUUUUUUUCUUUCUUCUCUCCUUCUCCAUGACUUGGUGCGUGCUCUUGGUUUAGGAACUAGAGGUCAGGGGUCAGGCUUACCACAGUGGAACCACCAGUAGGCUUUGGUGUCACGGCAACGAGGAGCAGCAAUGGCUUCCAACAGCCUCUUCAGUACUGUUACACCAUGUCAGCAGACCUUCUUCUGGGAUCCCAGCGCCACGCGGAGGUUUAGCCCGCCGUCCGGUAGCCUCCAGCCGGUCCCGGCCAAGAUGAACGAGCUCAACACGCCGACCGGGACCGGGCAGCAAGACAACACGGUGCCAAGGCUGCGCCUGCAGGAGAACCGGAGCAUGGCGGAGAUCAUAGCGGACCACCCGGCGGAACUGGUCCGGACUGACAGCCCAAACUUCCUCUGCUCGGUUUUACCGUCUCACUGGCGCUGCAACAAGACGCUGCCUGUCGCCUUCAAGGUUGUGGGGUUGGGAGAGGUGACUGAUGGGACGGUCGUAACGGUGAUGGCGGGAAACGAUGAGAACUACUCGGCCGAGCUGCGGAACGCAUCGGGAGUGAUGAAGAACCAGGUGGCUCGUUUAACGACCUUCGUGGGCCGCAGUGGACGGGGAAAGAGCUUCACGUUGACCAUCACAGUGUUCACCAACCCUCCUCAAGUAGCAACGUACCAUCGAGCCAUUAAAGUCACUGUGGACGGACCCCGUGAACCAAGGAGACAUCGUCAGAAGCUGGAGGAGUCUCCUAAAACAGGGCUGUUCUCAGACCGUCUCAGUGAGCUGGAGAGGAUCAGACAGACAACCAUGAGGGUUGCCGUGCCGACACAGUCCCAACAACAACCGCUCAACGCUGGACACAACCCCUUCAACCCCCAAGGGCAGACACAGAUACCAGACCCUCGCCAGUCCCAGUCGUCUCCUCCCUGGUCCUAUGAGCAGCCCUACCCGUCCUACCUGAGUCCCAUGACCUCCCUGUCUGUCCACUCCACCACGCCCCUCUCCUCCAGCCGAGCCACGGGCCUGCCCAACAUCACUGACCCGCCCCGCCGCCUGCCAGACCUCAGUCCGUUCCCAGGCCAGUUUGAUCGUCAGUUCCCGGGUCUCCCCUCUCUGACGGAGUCUCGUUUUUCCAGUCCCAGAAUGCACUACCCCACCACCUUCACCUACACUCCUCCCGUCACCGCCGCCAUGUCGCUAGGCUCCACCCACUACCACACCUACCUGCCCCCUCCCUACCCCGGUUCCGCCCAAAGUCAGAGUGGACCCUUCCAAACCAGCAGUACUCCCUAUCUUUACUAUGGAGCCUCAUCUGGGUCGUACCAGUUCUCCAUGGUUCCCGGGGGGGACCGCUCACCCUCCAGGAUGGUUCCUCCCUGCACCAGCGCUUCCACCGGCAGCUCCCUGGCUAACCCUAACCUGCCCAGCCAAGGUGGUGAGGGGGUGGUGGAGGGGGAUGGGAGUCACAGCAACUCCCCCACUGUACUCAACCCUGCUGGGGGGCGCAUGGACGAAGCUGUCUGGAGACCCUACUGAGGAGGAGGAGUUGGAAUAGAUGAAGGAGGCGGAACACGAGGAGAUAGAAGAAGAGGAGGAAGAUGAGGAGAAGAGGAGGAAGAGGAGGAUGAAGAGAAGGAGGAAAGUAGAUGUGACAAUGUAACUGAUGUCAUGGUUUUUAAAGCACAAAUCCU